GGACGAGCGACGCCGGGUGACCGGAGCGCGAGGAUUAAGCGGGUGGGAAGGUGUGAGCCGCAAACCCAGAGGAGGGCGGGAAGGAGGAGGAGGAGGCCCCGGGGGUGGUCAGGGGGACUGGGGAUCCCGCCAGCAGAGGUCCCUGGGCGGCCCGACUGACUGACGGGCUGAGUGACUGUAGCGGCCUCCGGUCCGGACGCUCGGAGCGGGGCGGCGCUGUGAGCGGAGCCAUGGCCUCAGGUGGGGUUAACACACGUAUAGAGAUAAUUGAGCAACCCAGGCAAAGGGGAAUGCGUUUUAGAUACAAAUGUGAAGGGCGAUCAGCAGGCAGCAUUCCAGGGGAGCACAGCACAGACAACAACAGAACAUACCCAUCCAUCCAGAUUUUGAACUAUUAUGGAAAAGGAAAAGUGAGAAUUACAUUAGUAACAAAGAAUGACCCAUAUAAACCUCAUCCUCAUGAUUUAGUAGGAAAAGACUGCAGAGAUGGCUACUAUGAAGCAGAAUUUGGGCAAGAACGCAGACCUUUGUUUUUUCAAAAUUUGGGUAUUCGAUGUGUGAAAAAAAAAGAAGUAAAAGAAGCUAUUAUUUCAAGAAUAAGGGCAGGAAUCAAUCCUUUCAAUGUCCCUGAACAACAGCUGCUUGAUAUUGAAGAUUGUGACCUCAACGUGGUGAGAUUAUGUUUUCAAGUUUUCCUCCCUGAUGAACAUGGUAAUUUGACAACUGCUCUACGUCCUGUUGUCUCCAACCCAAUUUAUGACAACCGUGCUCCUAAUACUGCAGAAUUAAGGAUUUGUCGUGUAAAUAAGAACUGUGGAAGUGUCAAAGGAGGAGAUGAAAUAUUUCUACUCUGUGACAAAGUUCAGAAAGAUGACAUAGAAGUUCGGUUUGUGUUGAAUGAGUGGGAAGCAAAAGGUGUCUUUUCACAAGCUGAUGUACACCGUCAAGUAGCCAUUGUUUUCAAGACUCCGCCAUACUGCAAAGCUAUAACAGAACCUGUAACAGUGAAGAUGCAGCUGCGGCGACCUUCCGAUCAGGAAGUUAGUGAAUCUAUGGACUUUAGAUACCUGCCAGAUGAAAAGGACACGUAUGGAAAUAAAGCAAAGAAACAAAAAACAACUCUGCUUUUCCAGAAACUGUGGCAGGAUUGUGGAGUUAAUUUUCCUGAAAGACCUAGACCUAGUCCCCUAGGACCAACUGGAGAAGGAAGAUUCAUCAAAAAAGAACCAAACUUGUUUUCUCAUGGUGCAGUUUUGCCAGAAACUACCAGGCCUGUUUCAAGUCAAGCAGAAUCCUACUAUUCCUCCUCUGCGUCCAUCUCAAGUACAUUGUCACAUCCUGCUUCAGCCAUACUACCAAUGGGUACUCAGUCUUCUUCAGGCUGGUCAUCAAUUGCCCACCCCACCUCACGCUCAGUCAAUACAAAUUCACUGAGUGGUUUUUCAACAGGGACACUUUCCUCUAAUUCACAAGUUAUCCCACCAUUCCUGGAAAUGAGUGAUCUGAAUGCUUCUAAUGCUUGCAUUUAUAACAAUGCUAAUGACAUAGGUAGACUGGAAGCAUCAUCUGUAUCACCAGCUGACUUAUAUGGUAUUUCUGAUGCCAGCAUGCUGCCUAACUGCCCUGUGAACAUGAUAACACCCAGUAAUGACAGCAUGAGGGAGACCGAUAAUCCCAGACUUGUGAGCAUGAAUCUUGAAAAUCCUUCCUGUAAUUCAGUGUUAGACCCAAGAGACUUGAGACAGCUCCAUCAAAUGUCUUCUUCCAGUAUGUCAACAGUCACCAGCUCUAGUACUACUGCUUUUAUUGCACAGUCAGAGGCAUUUGAGGGAUCUGACUUUAAUUGUGCAGAUAACAGUAUGAUAAAUGAGGCAGGACCAUCAAAUGGUACUAAUGCAAACAGUCAUAGUUUUGGUCAAAAUAGUCAGUAUUCAGGUAUUGGAGCUAUGCAAAAUGAACAAUUGAGUGAUUCAUUUCCAUUUGAAUUUUUUCAAGUUAACUUGUAAGAUAUAAAUGGUGAUUUAAGAAUUAAAUCCUUUAAAGGUAACUAUUUUGAUGCUACCUUUAUAAAUGUAACAUUUUAUGUUUCCCUGACUGAGACUAUACCAUAUUCAUAUACCCUUGGACCCUUGAACAACAUAGGUUUGAACCUAUGGUCCCCUUAUAUGCAGAUUUUCUUUACUAUGUCACAGUUGGGGCAUAGAGACCAUCCCCAUGGAAAAGAAAUGCAAAAAAGCAAAAUGGCUGUUUGGGGAGGCCUUACAAAUAGCUGUGAAAAGAAGAUAAGCGAGCAAAGG